GUGGGUUGGUCAUACUGCUCUGCAACACAAUUAGUAAAAAAAAACGUGCGGUGUCGGAUUAAAAUUGCUAGGAUUUACCGUGAAACCGAAGUAGCUGGAAAACAAAGAAAACACAGCAACGCGUUGUGCCGCCCCCAAUAAAGAAACACAAGUUAAAAGAAACACAGCAAACACUCGAAAGCGUUUCGGCACUGAAUCAAUUUAAUCGGGAAAGCGCCUAGACGAAAAGGAGGCGAAGAAAAUGUCCGUGAUUGGCAUCGAUUUUGGCAAUGAGGGCUGCUAUGUGGCGGCGGCCAGGUCCGGCGGAAUUGAGACGCUGGCCAAUGACUACAGUCUCCGGGCCACGCCAUCCUUUGUGGCCUUCGAUGGCAAGAAGCGAAUCAUCGGCGUAGCCGCCAAGAACCAGCAGGUGACAAAUAUGAAAAACACAGUUGGCGGAUUCAAGCGCCUGCUCGGUCGCAAAUUCAACGAUCCCCAUGUACAACACGAACUCACGAGCAUUCCAGCGCGAGUUGAGGAGCGCAGCGAUGGCAGUAUUGGCAUCAAGGUGAACUACCUGGGUGAGGAUCAGCAUUUCGGGCCAGAGCAGCUGACGGCCAUGCUGUUCACCAAGCUGAAGGAGACCUCGGCGGCCGCCAUGCAAACGCAGGUUAACGACUGCGUCAUUGCCUGUCCCGUGUUCUUUACCAACGCUGAGCGUCGGGCCCUCUUGGAUGCUGCCCAAAUCGCCGGACUUAAUGUUCUGCGGCUGAUGAAUGAGACGACAGCAACGGCUCUGGCCUACGGCUUCUACAAGAAUGACCUGUUUGAGGAUAAGCCGCGAAACGUGAUCUUCGUGGACUUUGGGCACUCGUCACUGCAGGCCAGUGCCUGUGCCUUCACCAAGGGCAAGCUGAAGAUGCUGGCCAGCACCUGGGACCAGAUCGGUGGACGCGACAUUGACUUGGCUCUGGGCGAUUACUUUGCCAAGGAAUUCCAGGACCGCUACAAGAUCAACGCCAAGACCAAUGCUCGUGCUAAUCUGCGCCUGCUUACUGAGAUCGAGAAGCUGAAGAAGCAGAUGUCCGCCAACAGCACAAAGCUGCCGCUAAACAUCGAAUGCUUCCUGGACGACGUCGACGUCUCUUCGUCCAUGCAGCGCGCAGAAAUGGAGGAGUUGUGCGCCCCCCUCUUUAAGCGCGUUGAGCAGACGUUCAAGCGUUUGCUGGCCGAGUCCAAGCUGCAGUUGGACGACAUUCACUCCGUGGAAAUCGUAGGCGGCAGCUCGCGCAUUCCAGCUGUAAAGCAGCUUAUCGAGCAGGUCUUUAACAAGCCGGCCAGCACCACACUUAACCAGGACGAGGCUGUGUCCCGUGGUGCUGCUUUGCAGUGCGCCAUUAUGUCGCCGGCCGUGCGCGUGCGGGAGUUCGGAGUUACCGAUCUUCAGAACUAUGCCGUCAAGGUAUUGUGGGACAGCGAGGGCAAUGCCGCUCCGGGAGAGAUCGAAAUCUUCCCCCAGUUCCACGCUUCGCCGUUCAGCCGCCUUUUGACAAUCAACCGCAAAGGACCGUUCAACGUUUCGAUCGUUUAUGGACAGCAGGUGCCAUAUCCAGAUCAAACGAUUGGCGUGUGGAAGGUCAAGGAUGUGAAGCCCACAGAUCGCGGUGAGGGUCAGGAUGUUAAGCUGAAGGUGCGCAUUAACAACAAUGGCAUCGUGCUGAUUUCCUCGGCCACUCUGGUGGAAAAGAAGGAAGCGGAAGAGGCUGCCGCGGCUGCUGAGCAGGCUGCUGCCGAGGAAAAGCCCGGCGAGCAGGCGAACAACUCUAGCGAACCCAUGGAUGGUCAGCAGGAGGCAUAUUAUGAGAAUGAGGAUGAUAAUAAUACAUCAACAGCCUCAUCACCUGGCGGACAAGGGUGGGCACAGCGGGUCAAGGGCUGGUUUAGUUCGGGUGCUGAUAAGAAGAAGAAGGCCUCCAAGGCCACCGAGUUGCCGCUGGAAUGCAGCACUCACGGCUUCAGCCCCGUCGACUUGGGCAACUUCACACAGCAGGAAGCAAAAAUGAUUGGCAACGACCAGAAGGAGACGGAACGCAUCGACGCCAAAAAUGCCUUGGAGGAGUUUGUCUACGACAUGCGCAACAAACUGCAGGGCGGUCCCUUGGAGCGGUACGUUGUUGAGGCGGAACGAGAGGCUAUUGUGGCUCAGUUGAAUGAUCUCGAGAACUGGCUUUACGAGGAUGGAGAGGACUGCGAUCGCGAGACCUACACCAGCCGCCUGCAGUCCCUGCACCAGAGGACGGAUCCUAUCAAGCUGCGCGCCAGCGACUACGAGCAGGGACCUGCUGCUUUCGAUGAACUGAAGAACAGCAUCGCCAUUGCCCGCGUUGCGGUGGCCGAGUUCCGUAAGGGUGUGCCCAAGUACGAUCACCUGACGGAAACCGAGUUCAUCAACAUCUCGGAGACGGCGGACAAGGCGCAAAAGUGGCUGGACGCCAAUCUGUCCAAGUUCACACAGUCGCCGCGCACUGCCGACAGUCCCGUCCAGGUAUCCGCCGUGCGCCAGGAGGUGCACACCCUGAACGCUUGCGUCAGCUCGGUGAUUAACCGGGCGAAACCAAAGCCAACUCCGGCCAAGACGGCGACACCUCCCAAGGAUGGCGAGGCGAAUGCGGAACAGAACGGCGGCGAGCCUACUGCCAACUCCGGCGAUAAAAUGGACGUGGACAACAAUGCCCAGAGCGCGGCUGGAAACGAUCCCUCCAUGGAUGUGGAGUGAGCGCCAACUCCCUCCGCUAUCCGGUUAUCCCCGGCUAUCAACGGUAUUGGCUAACGAUUAAUGAUAAUAAUAAUAACGAUAACUUAAACGGUAAACAUAUAUGAAACAACAUUUGUAUAUGCACUUGCUUCAGGACUAGCAGAGGAAAUCCAACAAAAUCAAUACAACAAACAAAAUACAACCAACCAAUCUACAUGUGUAAGAAUAAAUUGAUUAAACGCCACUGCAGCCGCUGGUAGAUCCAGAAACGGAUGAAGGGAAGCGGGCAAAUAAUAGUAGAAAAGGAAGAAGGUUUAGGAGUGAAAGAGGAUCCUACACGUCUGCUGCUGCUGUGUGGAUAAUGCAAAACAGAAACAACCCUAAAACAAUUUCUAAUCGACCAUUUUUCAUGUAUUUGAAUAACAAAAUCAAACAAGCAACACUUAAUGAAUGGAAUUUAAAUAAUCAAAUAAAAACAAUGAUGAUUCCAACUAA